AUUCGCGCUGCACUCAGAGCCGGAAGUCGGCCGGAAGUGGGGUAGCGCCAGUGUCUUGUGAUGCAAAUAGUCAGCUGAUUGUGUAGGUGAACUAUUAGUUGUGAUGAUGGAUCAGUACUGGGCUCUGCUUGUGUCUCUGCUGCUGGUGACGGUUGCGCAGGAAGGGUCUGGCGAUAAACAGGACAGCGGCAGCUCAGUGGACGCUCGGUGCAAAUGUAUUUGUCCCCCCUAUAAGGACAAGAAAGGAAAUAUAUUCAACAAAAAUGUGACCCAGAAAGACUGUGACUGUCUCCAUGUGGUGGAUCCUAUGCCGGUUCCGGGGGCCGAUGUCGAGGCUUAUUGUCUGCGCUGUGAGUGUAAAUAUGAAGAGAGAAGCUCCUCCACCAUCAAGGUGACUAUUAUAAUCUACCUGUCUGUGCUGGGGCUGCUCCUGCUCUACAUGUUCUACCUGACCAUAGUGGAACCCAUAUUAAAGAGGAAGCUGUUUGGUCAUUCUCAGCUCAUACAGAGUGAAGAUGAUGUGGGGGAUCACCAGCCCUUCGCUAAUGCCCACGACGUGCUGGCGAGAUCAAGGAGUCGGGCCAAUGUGCUGAACAAGGUGGAGUCUGCGCAGCAACGCUGGAAGCUGCAGGUGCAGGAGCAGCGCAAGUCUGUUUUCGACCGCCAUGUUGUGCUGAGUUAAUCGGACAAGAAGAACCAGAUUCUGAGAUCCCGGCGUCGUCCGUCCUUCUGCCCAAUGAAAAGGCUGGUUUUCUGCCCAGAGCUUGACAUUAGCGCCCCCUGGUGGGCAAAGUGAAGAUUUUGUAAAUAAUGGGUUAAUGUUAUUGAUGAUUAAAUUAUUCCUUAAGCUCC